AUGACGGAUGAGAAUACGACGUCGACCAACGGAUGGAGGCCUGGUACCGGCGUAAGCUCCGCCGUCAGCGCGGCCCCGCCCUCCGGCCACGGGCUUCGACGCGCCAUGACCGUCUCCGCCGCCGAGGACGCCGCUGCUGCCCGGAGGGCUCCGACCUCGUCGUUCCCUGCCAUGGACACGAUGCCGCCUCGCAGGAGCUCCAACUUUUCAGAGUAUAGUCUCAGUGAGGCUCGCGACAUACUGAAUCCCCAGUCCAGAGAUCCCGGUAGCGCCGACACCUUCUCUUCCCCAGGGGACUCUUCAUCACUAGCAUCGUUGUCACUGGCCUUUGCUCUUUUGCCGGCUCUCGCGGGGGUCUUGUUCAAGAAUGGAAGCGCUGUCGUCACAGAUGUCAUGCUGCUGGGUCUGGCUGGUGUCUUUCUCCACUGGUCUGUCACGCAGCCAUGGGCAUGGUAUCAUUCGGCGCAGGAGGUGCGGAUACAACACGAGGCAACGGCUGAGAGUGUCAUCGAGGAUGAUAGUGACCUGGACUCGAGUCCUCAGAUGCCAGCGCACUCGCCACUAGAUCAUGUUCCCGAGGAGGAAGAAACACAGCCGGAAUCCCAUGGGGUGGAUGAAAGGCAUCCCACAACCCAGCAGCAAUCAGCCCUGGCUGAGCUAUAUGUCUACGAAAUUAUCGCGCUGGCUUCAUGCUUCGCACUCCCGCUCAUCGGUGCCUACCUCUUACACGCCAUCCGAUCCCAGCUCAGCCGCCCAUCAGAGGGUCUUGUUUCCAACUAUAACUUGACCAUCUUCCUUCUUGUGUCGGAGCUCCGGGUUCUCUCCCACAUGAUCAAGCUGCUCCAGUCACGAACACUUCACCUACAGCGGGUAGUCCAGGGCAGCCCCUCCAGCACCCAGCCAACUCGCAACGCAGAACAGUUGGAAGCGGUCCUCGCACGCUUAGAUCGACUCGAGUGUCGCAUCACGGCUGAAGAUAUCAUCUCUGCCCAGGGGAGCAAGCAGGAUUCCUCCAGGUCGAAGCAGCAGGACAAUGCCGUGGCACGCGAUGUGCGCAAUGCCAUCCAGCCUGAGCUCGAUGCGCUAAACCGGGCUGUACGCCGUUACGAGAAGAAGGCAACCCUUCUUCAGUUCCAAACAGAGUCAAGAUUCGCCAGCGUCGAAUCAAAACUAGACGACGCCAUCGCCUUGGCUGCGAGUGCUGCAAAGAAUAGUGCAUCACACAAGAACAUCUUCCUAUGGGCCAUCGAGUCACUUACAGCGCUCGUUCUUCUCCCCUUCAAAGCUCUUUUGAGAAUCCUACUGCUACCUCUUAGCACACUCUUGGCUUUUACUAGCAAGAGCAAGAGAAAGUCACCAACGUCCAAAUCAUCCCGUGGCCGGAAUGGCAAAGCAGUCAUGCAGCCUAGGUAUAAUGGGGACCGAGUACCAACUCGAGUGUCUAAGCGAUAA